AUUCUCUGCAUCUCUCUUACUUGUGUUGUGUGUGUCCAUUCUCUUCCAUUCGCUUCGCUAGCUUUACACAGUCCCCCGUAGCAGGCUAGCAGAAGCAGAUCGAUGGCGCUCUCUCGCCGCAUGGCCGCGUCCGCCCUCCUCAUGCUGGUCCUCCUCGUCGCCACAGAGAUGGGGACGCCGACGAUGAAGGCGGCGGAGGCGCGGGACUGCCUGUCGCAGAGCCACAAGUUCAAGGGCUCAUGCCUCAGCAGCAGCAACUGCGCCAGCAUCUGCCGCACCGAGAACUUCCCCGGCGGCGAGUGCAAGCUGGAGUCCUUCGCGCGCAAGUGCUUCUGCAAGAGGGUCUGCUAGCUGGCCCUGCUUGGGCUGGCAGGCGCCGCGACGUCUUAUGAUAGCUACACUUGCCAGAUCAUCUCGUGCCGUUUACCUAUAUCCAUCUGUUUGUCAGUGCGUUCAUGUUCGUCAGUACUUGUUCGUGUGUCCCCUAAUAAAGUAGAGAAUCAACCGGGGUCUUGGUGGUUUUGAUUCGUCGUAGGUUGUGUUUUUCUUUGGCUGCUUUGUGUGUGUGUGUGUGGUAAUGUAACAAGGUCGUUGUUUCAGCAUGGACGGACAUGUGUGCAAUGCAUCUCUCUGUCUCUUUGAUCGUC